ACAGACGAGAGUCCAGGUUACAUCAGAGAGAGACGGGUCAGCGCUGACGCUCCAAACCGUUUGUUCCUAAAACCAUAUAAAUAAAGUUUACAAAGCGUUAGUUCCUCCAGCUGCAGGAGCUCAGAGCUCAGUGACGUUUUGUUCUGAAAUCAUUUCAUUCAUGAGCCUGACGGACUCUGACUCUGCAGGUAGGCCUCACGUCAACAGAGGAUCAGUUACCAGAGGUGGACAAGUACAUUUACUCAAGUACUAAGUUUGAGGUUGUCUGAUGGGUCCCGAAGAAGGUCGUCUCAGGUAACAGAGCAGGUAACAGACAGGUGAGCGUGACACCUUCCCUCUUUGUGUCCUGGUGAUCUCGGCCCGUCCCGGGUUCGGUCUGCCGAUGGAGCCUCGGGCUGCCGCCGCGCGACACGCGGCGUUACCAUGGAAACACUGCAUCCACCUGACUCUGCUGCUGGUCCAGCUGAGUUUACCUGAAGCCGGAGCUUCCUGUCGCAUCCUGAGGUGUAACUCGGACUUUGUGGCUGCGACGCUGGACCUGGGAAGCAGCAGCGGGGGAGGAGGAGCAGGAGGAGGAGCGGCUCCCAGCAGGGAGGCGGUGAACGCCGGUUACUGCAGCGCCCUACGCUCCUACGCCAUGUGCACUAAGAGGAUGGCGCGGGCGUGUCGAGGCGACCUGGCGUACCACUCUGCGGUUCAGGGCAUCGAAGACCUGCUGAUCCAGCACCGCUGCCCCCGUGCGGGCCCCACCGCCCAGCCCCGCCCCCUGCCCCAGGGCACGCUGUCGGGAGAAGCCUGCCUCUACGAGAGGAGCUUCCUCAGCAGAGAGGGACGCAGGCCGGAGUACCUCCACUGCGGCGUGUUCGGAGACCCGCACGUUCGAACCUUCAACAACGAGUUCCAGACGUGUGCCGUGCAGGGGGCGUGGCCUCUCGUUGACAACGAGUACCUGUACAUCCAGGGCACCGGAUCGCCAACAAAGGGGGGGUCGCACGCCACGGCGCUGACUAAGAUCACCAUCAUCUUUAAGAACUGGCGUCAGUGCAUUGACCAGCAGCUGUACCAGGCGGAGCUCGAUAACGUUCCCGCUGCGUUCGCUGAUGGCUCAGUGUCGAGCGGCGAGCGGAGAGGUCAACACAGCCUGACGGUCCGGUCUCAGAGUCCAGGCCGGCACGCGGAGAUCCGGGCGGCUCACAUCGGUACGUUGCUGGUGGUGCGUCAGAGCGGACGCUCGCUCGGCCUGUCGGUCCGCUCGCCGCGCAGCAUCGUGGAGGCCUUCGGCCCCGAGCAGGACCUGCAGCUGUGCGUGUGGGGCUGCCCCACCUCCCAGAGACUCAACGUGCUCCACCCACCGGCGCCAGACUCCUCCCCUUCCUCCGCCGUCAGCCCCUGGGCUCACUGCGCUGCGCUGCUUCCCGCCCAAGACGUCUACUACCAGGCCUGCGUGUUCGACCUGAUCGCCAGCGGAGAUACGAACUCCAGCACGGCCGCCGUCAGCGCAGCGCAGGACGCACGAAACAUGAUCUCUGACACGCAGAGAGUUCACCUGCUGCCCGUCUCCUCCGCUGAGCAACACGGGACACGACUGGACCUGACGCUGCUGCUGCUCGGCAUGCUGGGAACUGUAACCACAGCCUGAAGCGGCAGGAAGUCACUGCAGACCUCAGACCUGUUUGACAGUUGAUGGAUGUAUGAUAAGACCUGGAGACGGCGCCGCCGCUCAGCCUGGUUCCAGUUUUGCCCAGUGGCCACUCACGGGAUUGCAGCUGCGGCUCAAAAAGCGUUUCCCCCGCAGGCCGCCAUUUUAACAGCUAUCCAACAUGGCGUCCUGAUGCGAGGUCAUGUGGAUGAAACAGACCCUACGGGGACUUUAUACCCCCCCCCCCCCGCCCGCUCUGGUGUCACACAGCCAGACUGAUCCUGGAUCAGUGCUGAACAUUAUAUAGACAGAAAAUGAAACUGCUGCUGAAGAGAAGGAAACUGAUCAAAUGUUUAAGAAUUUGAACAGAAUUGAAAGGCUCUGCCGGCUGAAACCGGAGACGCUUCCUGCGUUUCCUGAAGCUUUAGAGCACAGAGUCAGUACUCUGGAUAGUCCAUCUCUGUAUUCUAUACAUAAAAACGUUUUGCAACACUUUGAAGCUUUGUGUAAACUAAUAAUAAACGCUGACUGUAAACAGGAAGUCCAGGAGGGUUCAGGUCCAAAUCCACAAUUACAGUCCAGAUGAGCCGUCAUUAACAGCAAUCUGAAAGAAAGGAUUAAGAGACGGAGCACCGACAAUCUGUUUGUAAAUAAAUGUUGAGGAGCUGC